AUGGAAAACGUAUCAUCUGGUUACGAUGACCGAAAUCAAUGUUUUAAUAACAGUACAUCAUCACGUCAAACUCUUUUAAAUAUAACUCGUCAAAAUAAAAUAAUAAAUUAUCUUGGUUUUCUUCUUCAAUCUCAUUCAUUAUUUUAUUGUUCAGUUCCAAAAGUAGCAACACGAGCUUUACUUAAAUUUAUUACUUAUCUUCAUAUACGUGAUGAUUGA